AUGCAGCGGCCGUCGCUCGGUGCUGCUGCUGCUGGGCAAAGUGGAAGUCGCGUCCCUCCAUUGACAAAGACGCCUGUUCGUGCUGCGACUGCGACUGCUGUGCCGCCGCCAUUGCAGCCCGCCUUCACUUUUAAGACGACAGCAACGACGACUAUCGCAGCAGCAGUGCCAUUGCCGCCCAUGCUCACUGCUGCUCAUCCGAGGACGACGUCCACGAAACCGCCUCCAUUGCGACCAGUCUCCGCGACGAUGGCGACGACAGCAGUGCUACAGCCGCCCAUGCUCACUGCUGUCCAUCCUAGGACGACGACGCCCAUGACUAGUAGCACGAGGCCGCCUCCAGCCGCCUCCGUUGCGCCCAGCCGCCCCAGCAGCCGCUGUGCCCGUCGUACCAAAGCUGUCCGCUCAGCCGCGACCAACAGCACCACAGUGACGCCGCCGCCCGUCUCUACUCUGUCUACUCUGUCUACUCUGUCAAUAUCCAACUUUCCUGAGCAGUGGCAGCCCGCCCAGGUCUUGCAGUGGCUGCACGUUCUGCUCGACAGCAUUGCCCCGAUCUCGCAUGCGCCAGCAACAGUGCCUCCAUUGACUGCUGCGUCCGUGGCUGCUUCAAGUAUAGGCAGCGAACAUCGCCCGACGACGAGUGCUGCAAUGCUCGGGAGUGGUCUGUCACUCACCGUGAUCCGCGCGCAGCCAACCGUCAUGGUCUCUGCCGCGUUCCGGUCUCGAGCGCAACUGACCGCAGCCCGGCAUCUGCUACAGCAAGCACCACUACCUGCGCCAUUGACCAUUGUUGAGCCCGGCAUGUCCGUACCGAGUCGUCCUUCCGUUCCGUCCCUGCAACCAAAUAGCGUUCCUCCCAAAACGGCGCCGCGCUUGUCCGCAAAGCCCAAUCCUCCCAUUGGCAGUGCUCAGGGCAAAGGUGCACAACCAGCCCCGCCUCUUACCAGGAAAGCGGACUUGGCAGGACCAGCAUCCCGGCCAGCAGCGGUGCCGUUCGCCUUCUCGAUGCCUCCGCCAGCAACGUUUCCACCACCCACACCCGAGAUUUUGGCUUCUAUUGCCUCUACGCUUCAUGCACACCCCGAUAUUUAUAUGCAAGUCGUUAAUUGGAUGAUGCUACGCGGGCUUCCGUUUCCGUCGUCGACUCCAGCGGCAUCCGCGAGUACCACCACCCAGCCCUCCAACCCGCUUCCUACAAUCCCGACAAACGGCAGUGUAGGUGCCGGGUCGGCUCGUAGAAAGACUCAUGUCGACGAUCCACAGCUGUCGGAAGGCGAAUCCGAGCUGGGAAGUGACGACGAGGACGACCCCAGCAAACCCAGCACGUCUUCUGCAGCAGCCCAGAUGGAUACUAGCACGGCGUCGAGUAUUGCUCCUGCUCCCAGGGUGCUUUCAAAGCGGGCCAGAAAACGAAUGCGAACCAUUACCGGCAAACAUCGCGCAAAGACGGCGAAAUUGGUAGGGCAACCAAUGUGGCAACCUUCCGCUGCUGCUGCUGCUGGUUUGCCGACAGUGUUUCCUGUCGACAUCAGCCAUGCCAACCACCCGACACGCGCGACAGCCGCCAAGCGAGCCGCGCAGGCCACAAUAUCCGUGGCGUCCUGCACGCGGAGCGCGACACUCACCAAAAAUCAAAAGAGACGUGCUCGACGCAAGGAGGCUACUCGAAAGCGUUGGGCAGUCGAUAACGCCUCAGAUGAGCCCCCGUCAUCUUCGCAACCUGUUCUGUUGGAGGCAGAGCAUGCCAUGCUCCGCAGCCAACAAAUGAAUGACGUAUCCGCAGCGCAAAGUUCCGGCACUGCUGACCAUGUUUUCGACCUGCCAGCUAAUGCUGCCGCAGCACCUCCCGUGCAGCGCUCGAAGCGCCGACGGAGUGGACGCAAGAACAAAUCUGUGAAAGCAGUCGAAACAUCCCGUGCUGCUUCCGCACCAGCAGCGGCAGCCAUUCCUCCGUUGAACAAGAAGAAUACCUCUCCUGCCGAGGUCAGAGCGAGUACAGCGUCUUCAACGCCAAAGCAACCGAAGCGCUCGAAACGACAGAAGCCGCCGUCAAAGCAACCGGAACAACCGCAGCAGCAGUCGGCUGCCUCCACAAAGCCACCGGUAAACACGCCAGCAAAGACAACAGACUAUGCCAGCAUCACCCCACUGAGCGACGCCGAUCUGCAAGCCAAACGGCUGUCUCCUGAUGUGCUUGCCCAGAGCAAGGCCUUUGCCAAGGCCGAGUACCAGCCCGGCAGUCAGUCGUCGCGGCUGUUUAUUCGUAACCUGAGCGACCGGACAAGGCUGCGGGAUCUGUAUGCAGUGUACAAUCGCUAUCGCGCGGGUUUGACCGGUGCGCCCGAAGCAUCUCUUGCCGCGGCGAGUCAGAAUGUUCGGAUUCAGUUGAUCACCGGCGGUCCUUUCAAACACCAGGCGUUCGUAACUCUUGCAAACGAGGCCUGCGCAAGUGUAGCCCUCGAAGAAACGCACGGCGUUGUCAUCAAAGGCAAGCCUCUGGUUGUGCACUUUGCCACGUCCGAUCGACCGCGAAAAGCGAAAGCCGCCAAAGUUGGUGCACCGUCCGUUAUGAUGUCGGAAGGGGCCGAUUCUUUACCUGGCAGUGAGCCUACUGGUUCCUUCGAUGCCACACUGAGUGCAAUGGUUGAGUAG